UCUACAUCUGUCGGUUCCUCGACACAACAUCGGGCAUGAAGUUAACUGCGUGGAGUUUUGUGUCGUGCAUCCUGACAGUCGUCUUUUUCUUGGCGGUUGCCACGUCCGCGUAUCCUGCUAGCAAUCCAGAGAUAAUGUAUAACUUGCAGGCGAUCGAGAAUAUGCGACAAAUCCCGCAGUGGCACUGCCUCCGCUAUAGAAAAUUCGAUCUCGUUCGCCGCUGUCGGAAUUACCGUUUAGGGAGGAAACACUGACAAAUACAAAAUCAUCGCAAUCCCGGAUGGACAACGACGACAAACAAAUCACUAUAUUUCAAGUUCCAUCGACCAGCUGUUCUCAAUGUUUUGCUGCACAUGUUCAAACUUAUAUAAAAACGAGAUAAGAUGUAUAACGAAUCAUAAUAACAUCUCUAUGACAAACUUGUAAAUUACUUGUGAACUCAGUUGAUAAAUGGAGCAAUAUCACUUACAUAGAUUCUGAUCUAAUCCUUCGUAUUUUGUCAUUUACUUCAAGACUGUAUCUCCAAGAUUUCGAAAUUCAUCUUAAACUUUCACGUUGCACGAAUUAGAGA